AUGGUGAUGAAGGCCUUCGUCCUGUUGGCUGUCUUUGCAGAAGCCUCUGCGAGAUCUUGCGCUCCAAAUAAAGCAGAUGUCAUUCUUGUGUUUUGUUACCCGAAAACAAUCAUCGCCAAAAUCCCAGAGUGUCCCUAUGGAUGGGAAGUGUACCAGCUGGCGCUUGGCGGGCUAUGUUACAAUGGGGUCCACGAAGCAGGUUACUACCUAUUUGUCAUCCCAGAUUUGUCACCUAAAAACAAGUCCUAUUGUGGAACCCAGUCCGAGUACAAGCCCCCCAUCUACCACUUCUACAACCACAUUGUUUCCAAUGACAGCACCGUGAUCGUAAAGAACCAGCCUGUGAACUACUCUUUCUCCUGCUCCUACCACUCCACCUACUUGGUGAACCAGGCUGCCUUUGACCAGAGAGUGGCCACUGUUCAUGUGAAGAACGGGAGCAUGGGCACAUUUGAAAGCCAAUUGUCUCUCAACUUCUACACUAAUGCCAAGUUCACCAUUAAGAGGGAAGCGCCUUUUACCCUGGAGACAUACGAAAUCGGUUCAGAUCUGUUUGCAGGAGUAGAAGCCAAAGGGUUAAGCAUUAGGUUUAAAGUGGUUUUGAACAGCUGCUGGGCCACACCUUCGGCUGACUUCAUGUAUCCCUUGCAGUGGCAGCUAAUCAGCAAGGGCUGCCCUACGGAUGAAACAGUCAUCGUGUAUGAGAAUGGGAAAGGCCACAGGGCAACCUUCCAAUUCAAUGCUUUCCGGUUCCAGAACAUCCCCAAAUUGUCCAAGGUGUGGUUACACUGUGAGACUUUCAUCUGUGACAGUGAGAAGCUCUCCUGCCCAGUGACUUGUGACAAACGAAAACGCCUCCUCCAGGACCAGACUGGGGGCGUCCUGGUCGUCGAGCUCUCCCUCCGUAGUAGGGGAUCCUCCGGUCUCUAUAGCUUCUCAGAUGUUCUCUAUCACCUCAUCGUGAUGCUGGGGGUUUGUGCUGUGUUAUAA